AUGUGGGAAAAGCUACAGAAAUGCUACAAACCAGACCCUUUGUCAGAGAACUCAGGUGAGAAAACUUUCGAAUGCUCCGAGUGUGGAAAGAGCUUCAAUCAAAUCUCCUACCUUAAAGGACACCAGAUAAUUCACUCAGGGCUGCUGGCCUGCCCUUUGGCAGUGGGGGCCAGGCCGCCCUCAGGCAGGGGCACAAACAUGGCCCAGACAGCCACAGACCCCGCGGCCCAUUCCCCCCCCGCCCCCGAUCCUGGCUUGCUGGCCUGUUGUAGCCACCAGGUUACCGGCACAGGCCUCAGUCACCGUGAAGGGGAGGCUGCAAAGAGGUGGCCGCCCCCGCCCGCCGCGGACGCCCGCCAGCCCAUGGGCCCGCGCCCCUGCCCGCGCCCGCGCCCGCGGCUGCUGGUGGCGCUGCUGGCCGGCCUGGCCGCGCUCUCGGCGCUGGCGCUGCUGGUCGGCGGGCGCCAUGAGGAGCUGCUGUCGCGCUCGCUGCCGCUGCUGCUGCCGCACCGCGCCGGGCGCCCGCUGCCCGCGCCGCUGCUGCCGGCCGCCGAUGCCUUCCUGCUGCUGCCGCCGGCCGGGGCGUGCGCGCCGCGGGCGCCCUCGCUGCUGGUGCUGGUGGCCAGCGCGCCGGGCCACGCACGGCGGCGGCAGGCGGUGCGCUGCACGUGGGGCGCAGCACGCCUUGCCGCCGAGCUGACGGUGCGCGUCUUCUUCGCGCUGGGGCUGCCGGCGGACCCCUCGCAGCAGGCGGCGCUGGAGCGCGAGGCGGCCGCGCAGCGCGACAUCGUGCAGGGCCGCUUCCAUGACUCCUACGGCAACCUGACUCUCAAGACGCUGGCGCUGCUGGGCUGGGCCGCCACGCGCUGCCCCGGGGCCCUCUUCGUGCUCAAGGCCGACGACGACAUGUUCCUGAACCUGCCCGCCCUGGCCCAGUUCCUGCAGGGGGUGACGGCCCCCCCGCCGGCCUACCUGGGCAGGAUCCACUGGCACGUGCACCCUGACCGGGACCCCCACAGUCGCCACCACGUGCCCGCUGCGCUGUACCCGGAGAGCGCCUUCCCGCCCUACUGCAGCGGCACGGCCUACGUCCUCUCGGGGGAUGCCGUGCCCUCCAUCCUCAGCGCCGCCCGCCUGGAGCCCCUGGUGCCACUGGAGGACGUCUUCGUGGGCCUCUGCGCCCGCCGGGCUGGCAUCACCCCGCAGCACCUGAGCCGCAUGUCGGGCGGCGCCCACGUCCCCCCGGACCCCUGCUGCUACCAGGAGGUGCUCUUCAGUGUGCACGGUGUGGCCCCCGCCGUGAUGGAGGAGCUGUGGGAUAGCGCCUCCCCCCACGAGGAGGCAUGCAGCCGCUUGCAGUGGGCCCUGGGACUGGUGCGGUGCAAGGCGCUGGCCUGGCUCGCGGGACUGUGAGCAGAUGGCCCCCUGGGUGUGCGGGCAGGACCGGGCCCGUGCCCAGGUGCCCCCUGGGAUGGGAUACCCGCCAGGAGCUGGGCCACAGCCCCCCUGCAGCCUAGCCGAUCAGGACCGGGGAGCACACGUCGCCCUGGUCCCCUGUGGAAGCCACCAUGGCCGUGGCCAUGCUGGGACCACCGGCAGAGGAGACAAAUUCUGCAGCGGCUUCGCGAGCGCCUCCCCGUCCGUGGGGCACUCUGCUCCAGCGCCUGGAGUGUCCUCCAGCAGCUGCCUGUGCUCGACCUGGCACCCUCUGCAAGAGUCGGCGUGCAGGACGGAAGGAAGCCGGACGCACGGUCACCCCACGCUCCUGGACAUGACGCCAGAUGGAGUUCAGCACCUCUGCAGGGAACCCUCCCAGCUCCAAAAUGUUUCAAUGGGACGUGCAGAACAGGUUCAGCAGGAAGUUUCUGUGUGCUCCGCUCCAGUGGGUGAGACGUUCAGGCUGGCAAAUUGAGGGGAGAGAGUCCCGUCCUCUGCUGGGUGUGGGGUGGGAGAGAAAACCCACCCUGGGUGAAGGCAUGCAAGGGGACCCAGGGGUGAACAUAGAAACAGAGCGAGUCAGAAGGGGCCUCCCAGGCCAUCUAGUCUGGCCCCCGGCUCCAGCCGGCUCCACUCAUGACAUGCCCACCCUGUGCAUGUCCAGGCUGUCCUUGAACUCCCUC